UUUUAGUCUCUUUCGUCUUUCCGUCUGAAAAUCGAACACUGAAACCCGAAACUUUUUUGCACCCAACAAAAAAAAAAAGACAGAAAUGGAGUCUUACGAGUCGUAUCCCAGCGAAGAACAGCAGAUCGCCGCCCUCGAAGCCGCCCACGCGACGGCCAAUCCCGAUCACGGUUGGCAGAAGGUAACUUACGCCAAGAAGCAGCGGAAGCAGAAGCCUUCGGCCGCCGCCGCCGAUCCCGCCGGCAAAAUCAACGGUGCUCUGGUAGGUAACGACAAAGGUAACGUUUUUAAGUCCUUAGAGCAGCAAUCGGAGGAGCGGCGUAGGAGGAUUUUGGAAGCCGAGACAGCUCCCAAUGUAGCCGCCACCACCACCAGAGCCGGCAGAUCAAGGGAUCGAUCUGACGAUGACAGCGACGAUGAUGACGACAGCGACGAUGCUAGGGUUUCCAAAGAGAAUGGCAAGGGCGGCGAGGAGAAGAAGGUGAAGCAGAAGAAGCCUAAGAAGCCCAAGAUCACCGUGUCCGAAGCUGCUGCUAAGAUCGACGAGUCGGAUCUCGCUGCGUUUCUCGUGGAUAUAUCUGCUUCCUACGAGGGGCAGCAGGAGAUACAGCUCAUGAGAUUUGCUGAUUACUUUGGGAGAGCAUUCUCGGUUGUGAGUUCGGCCCAGUUCCCAUGGGUGAAGCUGUUCAGGGAGAACCCUCUGACCAAAAUUGCCGAUGUUCCCUUGUCUUACAUUUCAGAACCCGUAUUUAAAACAUCUGUUGACUGGAUCUCUCAACGUCCAGUGGAGGCACUUGGGUCCUUUGUGCUAUGGUGUCUGGACAGUAUCCUUGCAGAUUUAGCGAGCCAGCAGGGUGGUCCCAAAGGAUCCAAGAAGGGUGGUCAGCAAACAUCAUCAAAGUCCCAGGUUGCCAUCUUUGUGGUUCUGGCAAUGGUCUUGCGUCGCAAACCUGACGCCUUGAUUAGCAUAUUGCCGACGUUGAAGGAAACUUCAAAGUAUCAAGGCCAAGACAAGCUUCCAGUUAUUGUAUGGAUGGUCACUCAAGCCUCUCAAGCAGAUUUGUCAGUCGGGUUGUUCUCAUGGGCACAUAACCUCUUGCCCAUCGUGAGUGGGAAAAAUAAUAAUCCGCAGUCUAGGGAUUUGAUCUUGCAACUAGUGGAGAAGAUUUUAGCUGCUCCAAAAGCUAGGACAAUUUUAGUAAACGGUGCUGUUAGGAGAGGGGAACGACUGGUUCCACCUUCUGCAUUAGAGAUGUUGCUUAGAAUUACAUUUCCUACAUCUUCAGCUAGGGUAAAGGUGGGUGCUUGCGAAAUCCUGUUGCCAGCUACGGAGAGGUUUGAAGCAAUAUAUCCUACCCUCAAAGAGGUGGCACUUGCUGGUUCUUUUGGAAGUAAGGCUAUGAGGCAGGUGGCACAGCAGAUAUUGAGCUUCUCUCUGAAAGCAGCUGGGGAAAGCAAUCCAGAGUUGUCCAAGGAAGCUGCUGGCAUUUCAAUCUGGUGUUUCACCCAGAAUAGCGAGUGCUACAAGCAGUGGGUUAAGGUGUACGAGGACGAUCUAAAUGCAAGUGUUGCUGUUCUUAGAAGGCUUUCCGAGGGAUGGAAGGAGUUCUCGGAGAAAUUGGCUCCUUCCGAUCCUCUGAGGGAUGCUAUCAGAGAUUUUAGGCAAAAGAAUGAGAAAGCAAUGGUCAAAGGGCACAACGAUGUACUCUACAAAGAAGCAGACAAGUACUGCAAGGGGAUACAAGGUAAACUAUCGAGAGGACAUGGCUGCUUGAAAGGUAUGGCCUUUAUAAUGGUGGCAAUGGCUGUUGGAGUUGCUGUCAUAUCCCCAAACAUGGAGGAUUGGGACUUGAAGAAGCUCUCGGUGCUCAUUAACUCUCAGUUGUCUUCUAACUACUGAGCACAAGGAUACUGGCCCUUAAAAUAUGGGGAUGGAUGCCAACAUCACCAAACUGAUGCAAAGCAUCUCCAAAAGUAGCUUUCCCGUUUGAGUUCUGUACUUUUGCUCCCCCCCACUUCUAAUACUGAACUGAACGAGAGCAGGUAGAAAGUUUUCUUUCUUUUCUCCCCUUAUGUUUAGAGGACACAGGUUUGGUGUGCUGUCGCUGUCUUGGUUUCACAUAGCUCUUUUGAGAACAUAGGGUGCUGUUUUUAUAACUGAGGGAAAAUAUGCAUGCAGUUUGGCCAACAGAAGAGUUAAUAAAGAUGGAAGUUUUAAGUUAUGCGUUUUGGUGUGUGCUUACUGGAGCUUGCCAAGUGAAUGAAAUGAAAUGAAAUGAAAUGAAAUGAUGGGAACUCUUAA